AGUACAUCAAGAAGAAGAUCAGGACCAUUGACUCUCCAGAGAAAUCCAUCAAUCUGUUCCACUGUCUGAAUGAACUGGGUGAUCGUUCACUAGUGGAGGAAAUACAACAGUAUCUGAAAUCUGGAAGAAUAAAGGAAACCAAACUCUCUUCAUCUCAGUGGUCAGCUUUAGUUUUUGUGUUGUUGACAUCAGAAGAGGAACUGAAUGAGUUUUGUUUUGAUAAAUUUGUUAAAGGAAAGAAUAAUCCUGAAAAUAUGGAAGUUCUUCAGAAGUUGCUGCCUGUGAUUAAAGAAUCCAGAUCAGUUCAGUUGAGAGAUUGUGGCGUCACAGAUGAAGGUUGUGCUGCUCUGAUUUCAGCUCUGAGAUCAAACCCCUCACACCUGAGAGAACUGGAUCUGUCUGAGAAUAAACUAAGAGAUUCAGUGAAGCUGCUUUCUGAUGUACUACAGAAUCCUCACUGUAAACUGGAGAAACUGUGGUUGAGAGAUUGUGGCGUCACAGAUGAAGGUUGUGCUGCUCUGACGUCAGCUCUGAGAUCAAACCCCUCACACCUGAGAGAACUGGAUCUGUCUGUGAAUAAACUAAGAGAUUCAGUGAAGCUGCUUUCUGAUGUACUACAGGAUCCUCGCUGUAAACUGAAGAAACUGUGGUUGAGUGAUUGUGACAUCACAGAUGAAGGUUGUGCUGCUCUGACUUCAGCUCUGAGAUCAAACCCCUCACACCUGAGAAAACUGGAUCUGUGUCUGUGA